UUUAAGUCGAUGUUAAAUCAAUUCUCCAGAGGCAUGUUUUUGCCUUUUCCAGUUUAGAAACAUCCCUCACAGUACACCAGUCCCUGAAUAGAGACAGUGCAUCCCCAGAAUGUUGAUGACCCUUUUCUCCAUUUGCCUGUGUUUUUCCUGGGUCUCUCCUGAGACUAAUGUGCACACUGGGAUUUACACAGCGGUUUCUGGAAUUCAAGACUUGCCUGAGGUGAUGCAUAUGGCAAUGGUCAAUGGAAUUAAAAUAAGUUCUGGUGACAGUAAAACCGGUCAGUGCAUCCCGAGGCAGCAGUUCAUGGUAGAAUCUUUCAAUGCGAAAUUCUGGGAUUCUGUCACAAGCAUGGUGCACCAAUGUGCAAACACAGCAAAGGAAAUUUUGAGUACAAUAAUGAAGAGGACAAGCCAGACAUCUGGAAUUCACACUUUUCAACGGAUAACUACUGUUGAUGUCAGUGAUGAUGGAAGCAUUAAGAGAUCGAUGAGAUUUGGAUUUGAUGGAAAGGAUUUUAUUAGUUUACAACCAGACAGAAUGAAAUGGAUUGCAUCCAAUCACAUUGCAGUGAUGACGAAAGAGAAAUGGGAUUCAGAUAAAUCCUGGAACAACUACUGGGAAGUACAUCUGGAAGAGGUACUUGUGCAGAAUUUAAACAGAUAUCUAGAAGCAGCAAAGGGAUUUUUCAAAAGGAAAGUUCAGCCUGUAGUGUUCAUCUCCAGAAAUGAGCCCAAUCAUCAGGACAAGCCGCUCACUCUCUCCUGCCUGGUCACUGGAUUUUAUCCUGUAGACAUCGAGGUGACCUGGCUAAGGAAUGGAGAGGUUGUGUCUGAGACACAAUCCUCAGGGAUUCGACUGAACCAUGAUGGGACCCAUCAGAUCCAGAAAGAGAUUGGAAUCAGUGCUGGGGAUGAGGAUCAAUAUUCCUGCCAAAUUGAACACAGCAGCAUGACAGACACCAGGCUCUAUCAGUGGGAAAUCCCAGAAAACAGCACGGAACAUUUCCAUCUUGUAAUUGUUAUUGGAAUAGUCAUUCUAAUAGCUUUAAUAUUUGAAACAGUCAUCUGGAAAAGGCCAUGGAAAGGUACUGCCCUUCGACUCAUCGGCUGGGGUUGUUGCUUUGGGGUCAAUGUCAUGAGCCAAGGUGUUGUCUCACUUCGCCAGAAGACUGUGUUCAAAGUGGUUCAGAUUCUUGCAUGUAACCAACAAAUUCUCAACAACUUGAAGCCUUUUCUUUUCUGUAGUGUCCUCUUCUACAUUUACAUCCUGUACACUGGUCUUGAUUUUUCUACUGGCUCUUCAGAAGGAGAUAUGCUGGCAGUGGACGUAGUCCAGAGAAGGUUCACCAGCGACCUGCCCUUGGGUUAUCCUGAGUUAUCCUGGGAGCUCAGGGACGCGGCUGAUGUCCAUGACUCCUACACACGCAGGAAGUAUGUCCAGCUGCGGCUCUUGUUGGACCCCACAUGA